AUGGGUUAUCUAAUACCAUUCAUCUAUCUAUUAUUUUUAUUGCUGGUAAUAUUCUAUCUAUCUAUCUAUCUAUCUUUUCAUCUAUCUAUUUCAUCUAUAUAUUGGUUUGUUUUUUUUUUUUACGUCAUAUCAACCUCAAUGGGUUAUUUAAUGCUGACAAAAUUUUUUAUUGCUGGUAAUAUCUAUCUAUCUAUCUAUCUAUCUAUCUAUCUAUCUAUCUAUCUUAUAUAUAUUGGUUUGUUUUUUUUUUUACGUCAUAUCAACCUCAAUGGGUUAUCUAAUACUGACAAAAUUUUUUUGCUGGUAAUAUCUAUCUAUCUAUCUAUCUAUCUAUCUAUCUUCUAUCUAUCUUUAUAUAUAUUGGUUUGUUUUGUUUUACGUCAUAUCAACCUCAAUGGGUUAUCUAAUACUGACAAAAUUUUUUUGUUUGCUGGUAAUAUCUAUCUAUCUAUCUAUCUAUCUAUCUAUCUAUCUUAUAUUGGUUUGUUUUGUUUUUUUUACGUCAUAUCAACCUCAAUGGGUUAUCUAAUACUGACAAAAUUUUUUUUGCUGGUAAUCUAUCUAUCUUUUAUCUAUCUAUUUCAUCUAUCUUGGUAUAUAUUGGUUUGUUUUGUUUUUUUACGUCAUAUCAACCUCAAUGGGUUAUUUAAUAUCAACAAAAUUUUUAUUGCUGGUAAUAUCUAUCUAUCUAUCUAUCUAUCUAUCUAUCUAUCUAUCUAUCUUUCUUAG